GUCAUGCGAAUCGUCAACAAACUGUUUUUGUAGGUUAAGUUAGGUGAUAAUCAUGGCUGCUCUACUCAGCGCAGCCCUUCGUCAAAGGAUUUGUCACCAAAUUUCGAAGGAAAAUGGACUUCUCAGCCUCGCUAAAACGCUGGACGCACCUCUAUCCAGGAGUAAGAAGACGUCCAGUGCAUGGGAAUUAAAUACUGAUGAUGUAGAACAAUGGUAUCCUGAUAUGGAUAAUAUGAGAGAUCAUGCGGGUCCUUUUAUACAUCCAGACGGAAUAAUGAAAAGGUUCAAGAUUAAGGAUUGGAAUCAAAUUGAUAACCCGAUCGAAAAAACUGUGAAAAACAUGAUAAUCAAUUUUGGACCACAGCAUCCAGCUGCCCACGGUGUGUUGCGGCUUGUUCUGGAGUUAGAAGGAGAGGUUGUGAUUCGUGCUGAUCCACACAUCGGCCUCCUUCACCGCGGCACGGAAAAACUGAUUGAAUACAAAACAUACACCCAAGCUCUGCCGUACUUCGAUCGACUUGACUAUGUGUCCAUGAUGGCUAAUGAACAAUGCUAUUCACUUGCAGUGGAGAAACUGUUAAAUAUCGACAUUCCGUUGCGGGCAAAAUACAUCAGAACCCUGUUUGGUGAAAUCACAAGAAUAUUAAAUCAUAUUAUGGCUGUUGGUACUCAUGCCCUUGACGUGGGAGGUAUGACUCCAUUCUUUUGGCUGUUUGAAGAGAGAGAAAAGUUGAUGGAGUUCUAUGAACGUGUUUCUGGUGCUCGUAUGCAUGCUGCUUAUAUUCGUCCCGGUGGUGUGUCACAGGACAUGCCCAUUGGGCUCAUGGAUGAUAUUUAUGACUGGUGCAAGCAGUAUGGUUCCAAAUUAGAUGAAGUUGAGGACCUUCUCACGAUGAACAGAAUCUGGAUUCAACGUACUGCUGAUGUGGGUGUUAUCUCUGCUGAAGAUGCUCUCAACUAUGGGUUCAGUGGAGUCAUGCUUCGUGGAUCUGGAAUUAAAUGGGAUCUGCGCAAAGUGCAACCAUAUGAUGCCUACGAUCUUGUCGAAUUUGAUGUUCCCAUUGGAUCCAAAGGAGACUGUUAUGACAGGUAUUUGUGUCGAGUGGAGGAAAUGAGACAAUCCAUGCGCAUCAUUCUUCAGUGUUUGAACCAGAUGCCAGCUGGUGAAGUCAAAACCGACGACAUGAAGGUCUCAACGCCGUCAAGAGAAGAAAUGAAGACUUCCAUGGAGGCUCUUAUUCACCACUUCAAACUUUUCACCCAAGGAUACGCAGUUCCUCCUGGCUGCACAUACACUGCUGUGGAGGCUCCGAAAGGAGAGUUUGGAGUUUACCUAGUAUCAGACGGUACCUCUAAACCAUAUCGGUGCAAGAUCAAGGCACCAGGUUUUGCCCACUUAGCAGCACUAGAAAAGAUGGGAAGGAGGAGUUUUCUAGCUGAUAUUGUUGCCAUUAUUGGUACUCUGGAUGUUGUAUUCGGUGAGAUCGAUCGCUAAAUUUUGCUUUCACACUUGAAUCGUCACUUAUUGAAUAUACUGUAAAUAUCCUUGUUAUCCUUGAGGAGUUCUCUCUGCAACCUUUAUCAAGCUUGUAAUUUAUUGUUAUGAAAUAAACUCAAAGAUUUCUUAAUUUCA